UUGUAAGUAGUAUUAGUAGCUUUAUUUGUUUUGUUUGCGUUGCAGAUAUCCAGUCAUGGUGGGAGCUGCCGAGUAUAGCCCACUUUUGCUCACUCUUUAGGGCCGCCUUCGAUCUUCUUGACUUUGAUAUUGAGGAGUUAGAGGAAGCCUUACUAACCGAUGGGUUGGACGACACAGGGAGUCCACUGUUGGCCGAGUUGACAGUACGCCUGGUGCAAGGCUGUCUUCCCGGCAAGACAGUCAAUGCCACCAAUUACCAGAGCUACUUAAGGAAGCUCUUUAAACACAAAUGUCAUGAGGACCCAACCAGAGAAAAUUUAUUUGUUGAGGGAGAUAUGCGAUGGCUUCCUCUUCGGCGAAAAGUAGAAAUUCUUCAUGCACUCUGUGAUUUCAGACUAGAAGCUGAAGACGUUCUUGAUCUCUUAAAAAAUUUAGAAUCCGACAGUUUACGGGUGGAGCCCCUUGGGUACGAUGAUAGUGGUUCUACUUACUGGUAUUUUUACGGCACCCGCCUUUAUAGGGAGGAUCAUUCAUUAUAUCACCCACACAGACGAAAACCAAAGGAUAAAGACAAAGAUAAAGAAGAUAAAAGAAAAAAGAAGAGAAAGAAAAAAGGCCACAAAAAUGAAGAAACUGAUGAGGAAGCAGAUAUACCAAAUCCUGUCUGGCAGGUUCAGUGCUUCUCUGAGGAAGACUGGAACGUUCUUGCCGAAAAGUUUGAGGAUUGUGCGUCCAAGCUUGAACGUAGUUUGUUACAGACACUCCGAGAAGACUUCCUUCCAGAGAUUCCACGGCUCUUCCAGGAAAAAGAGAAGAUUCAGAGAAAGCGCAUGAUGGAAUUUGCUCCGAGAAGAUCUUCUGGGCGGGUACAAAAAUUAAAAGAGAAAAGAGAAGAGGAGGAAAAAAAAAUGGCAAUAGAAAUUGUUGAACAGGAAAAGAGAAGACAACUAGAGGAAGAUAAAAAGAAGAAAAAGAAAGAAGAGGAAUCAGUUGCAGCUGAAAAAAAUGAAAAGAAAAAUAUACGUGAGGUUUUAAAGGAGGAGAUCAUUCAGGAAAAAACAAGCCCACUAAAACUGAGCAAAUCACAGCGAGAGAGAAAGAAAAGUGAAGAUCAGGAUUUAAACAUAAGAGAAAAGUUGGACAUAAAGGACAUCAAGAAUGAAGUGAUUGAGGUCAGUGAUCCAUCUGAUCAUAAUGAAGAUGUCCAGGAGGAACCUGUCAGAAAAGUCAGAAUGGGUAGGCCAAGAAAGAACAGUACAGAAGAACCUGAGGAAAGGGUUAAAAAUUGCAGAGGAAGAAAGCCAGGUCGUGGGAGAAAGCCAGGAAGGAAGCCGGGAUCACAAAGACUGGUUACAAGAGAGGAAGUUACAGAUGAAGAAGUUGAAGAGAGUACUAAACCUCAGGUUUACAGUGGACGGAAAACCAACAAUUCCUUAUCUUCAGUAGCGUUUUCAUUAAAUCACACUGCAGUAGUGCCUGAGCCCGAUGUAACUAAUGUUAACUCUGUCACGUCACCGCCCACUAAAAAGAAAGUCAAGAGUGCACAUAUGGUUUUACAAACUGAGGACGAUUUACGCACAGGGAUGUACAAGGUUCUUGAACAUCUACGGGACCAUGAAGACGCAUGGCCGUUUCAUGAUCCAGUUGAAGAGGAAUAUGCACCCAAUUACUAUGCAGUUAUCCGAAGACCUAUGCACAUCACUAGGAUGGAGGAGCGCCUGGAUGCUGGGUUUUACUCUAAUCUUAAGAUGUUUGAGGGAGACUUCAAACUCAUGAUGGAUAAUUGCAAACUUUACAAUGGUCCAGAAAGUGAAUAUACACACAUGGCAUACACACUUGAGAAAGUGUUUGCUAAGCUCAAGGCUAAAUACCUUGAAGCAGACCUUUCCUCUGAUGAAGAAAUGUACAUUGAUAUGAGCUACCAGCAAGCAGCAAAGAGAAAGAACAAGAGAAGAAGUAACAGCGAUGAGAAAGAGAACACAAGAAUAGAUGGGGGAAAAGGCACGCCAAAAAAAAGAGGACGCAAAAAAAAGAAAGUUGGAAGAAAACCAAAGGAGAAGCAUAAUAAUGAUUCACAUAUUAUGUCUGAGAAAGAAAAGGAGUGGAAGAAAAGUAAAUUUUCCAGAGAAAAAGACAAAGAAAAGGAUAAAACUAAGAAUAAAGACAAACCAAAGAUUGACGAAUAUGAGUUUCGUGAUGAGGAUGAUGAUGAAGAUGAUGAUGAUGAUGAAGAUGAGUUUGAGGAACCACCACUUCUAGUGAGGGAAGAUCCUUACCCUGAGGAUGAUGAUGAGAUGGAGGAGGGUGAGGAAACGGCAGAAGAACCUCAUUCCACACUAGAGGACCCUCUUAAAGAAGAUGCAAAAGUUGUAAAAAACAAAGUGGGAAGACCAAGAAAAGAAGACGUGAACAAGAAGGUAGUUAGCGAUGUGAUUGAUGAUGAAGAUGAGGAGGAUGAUGAUGAUAUGGAGCCUGAUGUCUGUCUAUAUUACAAUAAUAAUGAUUACAGAAGUGAUGAAGAAGAAAAUGAUGAUGUAAGAAGUAACACAGACUAUAUAAACGAAAGACACAAUGAACUAUUUGGUGAAAUAGAUGAUAUUGAAGAUGAGGAAGAUGAACAAGAGGUUGAAGAGGAGGAGGAGGAGGAGGACAAUUCUGUUGUGAAAACCAAUGAAAAAGCCAAACACAAUCAUUCAGGGAAACAGAGUAAAAAGAAAAGUGGUUCAGUAAAAGACAAAGAAAAAAAGAAGCAUAAACAUGGUGACAAACACGAUAAACACCAUCACCACCAUCAUCAUCACCAUCAUCAUCAUAAGAGCAAAUCAAAAGAGGGAAAACACCAUAAAAAGAAGAACAAGCAUGCUACAGAGAAGGAUGCUAAGAAGAUACUAAAAGUGGAGGAUGUGUAUGACUACUCAGAGGAGGAAGAUCAGGGGGUGACUGCAGAGGAGAGGCAGGGUAAUAAAGUGGCACUUAAAACCAAAGAUGAAACUGGGAAGAAAAAGAAGAAAAUCAAACACAGAGGAAAACAUGAGAAACAUGGAAAGCAUCACGAUAAGCAAGAAAAGCAUGAAAAACAUAAAGAAGGAAAGGCAAAAGAGAGUAAGAAAGAAAGUAAAAAGAAAAAUAGCAAGAAAAAGAAGAUUCCAGCAAAAAAUAUGGCUGCUAUUGAUGCUUUGUCUGCAGCAACAGAACAAACUCUAAAGGAAAUAACAACAAUGCUGGAUGAUUCCACUAUGCCACGCAUCAGUGAAUACUCCUCUGCUAGUAAUUCUCCAUCACACAAGGUUACAGCUGAGGAAUUUGAAGCUAUUGCAUAUAAAAUUGAGGCUGAAUACAGAAGAAAAUUAAUGAUGGAUGAACCCAAAGAUAAAGAUAAGAAGGCUCAUAAAAAGAAGAAGAGAAAGAAUGGAAAUGGAGCAGAUGGAGAAGAAGAACCAAAGAAGAAAAAGUUGAAAAAGGAGAAGAAACCAGAAAAUGAUAAGGAUAGUCUAGACAAUACUAAAGAACUGUUUAAAGAUAUUAAAGAUGGAAGAAUAAAGCCAGGGGCUAUUAUCAAAUCGAAAGAUAUUGCCAAGAAAGAGGGUGUUGUUAAAAAGGAAACCAAAAGCUCUUCAGAGGGUAAGCCAAAAGCAAAGACCAACCCUUUUGGUAAGAUCAACAAGCAAGAGCAUUCAAAGUUGACAACACUCAUAGCUAAAGCCAAAGAGUCACGUAUUGGGUUAGUACCAAAUAGUGAAGUAGGGGAUAGCCCCAAACUUAGUCUAGGCAGUAUUAUUCUCUCUGGAGACAUCGGCACAGGGAUAAAAUCAUCGCAUGAACCUAACAGCACAGAUGAAGAAGAAAAAUGUGAACCAAAAGAGAAGUGGGAUAGCCCAUGGGAGAAUAGAUGGGAAAAAGUGCCAGAAAAGGAGGAAGCUCCAUCUGUAAGGUCAGUAAGAGAGGAAGAAGAGAAGGAAGAGAUCCCAGAGGUAGAAGAGCUUACAGAAAGGAUAAGUGAAGAACCACCUCCAACUCCCAGAGCUCCAGAAAUAAAGCAAGAGCGAGCAACACCUAAUUUAAGUGCUUGGUUUAAAGCCUUUGGCACUCCCAAACUCUCUUCUGCAGGUCCAAAGAAAAUGCCAGAUGAGCAGAUGGAUAGUCCAAAGGAGUUAGAUGAGAAUGAAGUUAUUAAUGUUGAUGAUGAAGAUGAAGUGGAAGAAGCCGAGCCAAGUACAUUAGAUGAACCGCCACCAUCAUUACUACCACCUGCAAGUCCUGAGCCUCCAGUUUCUCCAGAACCUCCAAUCUCUCCUGAGAAACCACCUGAGACUCCAUGGUAUGAAAAAUUAGAUGAAAAAUUAGAAGACGAACCUAUCUGGAAAAAAAUGAAGAUGGAAGAUCAAGAAUAUGCAAUUCGGGACUGCAGUAUG